CUACACAGGAGACAUCUGACCGUUGUUGUCACAGUGCAUAUCCAGACCGACGCUGCAAGAGCGGCUAGGCCAAGAGUACCGCCGAACUCCAUUCAACUUUUAUACUCUUGACACAACUCCACCGCCGCUUGCACUCGACCACCCGCUUAUGAAAGCGCAACAGUCUUCAGCAAUCGUCUGAGUGCAUCCCGCCGCUCGCAUCACCCGGCCCUCUGGGGGCGCAGGGAGACCAACCACCACCACCACAAGGCCCGCUAGAGGCAAUUGAAGAACACACAUCUUCACAAUGGCAAACUUGAGGUUCGCCGUUAGCAUGCAACGGUUAAUACCGUUUCUUGGCUUUCACCAUGUUCUCAUGAUUCUCAUCGCCAUUGCGAUAAUAUUGCUCUCACUGCUACUGGCAGGAUGCUCAUCCACAUCUCCCCUCAUUCCCGGCAUCUUCCUCAUCUCCAUGUGGUACGAACAAUUCACUCCCACCUAUUCACCCGACCAGGUCGACCCUGGUGUCACGGCUGCCAUUGCAAACAUUGUCGGCAACGCCCAGCUCGGUGUUCGUGUCGGCUACUUUGGCAUCUGCAUCAACCGUGAUGGCGGUGGUUUCAUUUGCUCCAACAACGCCACUGCUCUUGUCGACAACGUGUCUGUCGACCAGGACCCCCUCAACCUUGUCUGGGUAGCCGCUACCUUCAAGGAUGCCGUCGUCUUCCCCUAUCUGCUCAUCGUCGCCAUCAUUCUUGCCUUCUUCACCUUCAUCCUCCUCGCCACUUUCCCCGGAUGGCAUGAGGAGAGAGACGAGCGCACUGGAUCCGACGUCGACGUCAAGCCAUUCCCCUCCAGGCCCGUCUCCCAGGUCGCUCUCGCUCUCAUCUUCAUCUCGUCCAUCUUCGUCCUCGUCUCCGUCUUAUGGCAACAUACCGCCUCAGUCGCAGCUGCAACAAUCGUGCAAGAUCUCGGCAACGGUAGCGUCAAGUCUGGUGUCGGCACAUCUGCCAUGGUCCUUGGUUGGUUCGGUUUUGUGCUGCUCAUCAUAGUAACCAUUGGGUUGCUUGUCAUGAUUCUCAGCAUCAUUGUCCUCGACCGCCUCACCGACAAUGACUAAGCGUAUUGACCGGACUGCGAAUGUACUUCGCAGCAUGAUUUCGGAAAGAUGAGCAUUUUGUUGGUGCGAUUAUGUAAUUCGACGCCGACCUGAUUCGGCUUUUCCUUCUUCUGCUCAGUUAUUACAUACCCUUUUUUUUCCUGCGACGCGAAAGCAGUUCGCUGCGUAGAACGAUAUUUUGUGGCAUACCCGGCGUUGAGAUUGGAGUGGUUAUGUUUUGUUUUGUUUUUGCAUCAGAUCGAUUUGAUCCACGAAGGCGAGUUGAGAGGCUCAGCGAGAAAUGUUAAACGAAUAGGAGGAAUGAUUGAAAUCAAAAAUGGACGCUGGAAUGGACUGUAUCUAUGUAGUAAAUGAGAGAAUGAGAAUCGAACACGUCAAAUCAA